UCUCUAACCACCUUCUACUUCUAUCUAUUCCAUAUAAAUACCUAAGUUAACUCGGCUGCCAACUCCUCCUACUUCCUCUCUUCUUCCUAUCUCUUCUCGAUCUCCGGGUGCCGUUGCAGCGCAUCGAUCAUGGCCGGCAGCAGCAGCUUCGCCGAGAAGGGCAAGGAGUACCCGGGGAAGAUGACCGCCUUCGUCUUCCUCGCCUGCCUCGUCGCCUCCUCCGGCGGCCUUAUCUUCGGCUACGACAUCGGCAUCUCCGGCGGCGUGACGUCCAUGGACCCGUUCCUGCUCAAGUUCUUCCCGUCGGUGUACGCCAAGGAGCAGGAGGUGGUGGAGACCAACCAGUACUGCAAGUUCGACAGCACGCUGCUCACGCUCUUCACCUCCUCGCUCUACCUCGCCGCGCUCGUCGCCUCCCUCUUCGCCGGGUACAUCACCAAGAAGUGCGGCCGCCGGGUGUCCAUGCUCGGCGGCGGCGUCAUCUUCCUCGCCGGCGCCAUCCUCAACGGCCUCGCGCAGAACGUCGCCAUGCUCAUCAUCGGGAGGAUCUUCCUCGGCAUCGGCGUCGGCUUCAGCAAUCAGUCCGUUCCGCUUUACCUGUCGGAGAUGGCGCCGGCCAAGAUGCGCGGCAUGCUCAACAUCAGCUUCCAGCUCAUGAUCACCAUCGGCAUCCUGGCCGCCAACCUCAUCAACUACUUCACGGCCAAGAUCCCCGGCGGCUGGGGCUGGCGCGUCGGCCUGGGCCUCGCCGCCGUCCCGGCCGUCAUCAUGGCCGGCGGCUCCCUCUUCCUCCCGGACACGCCCAACUCCCUGGUCGCCCGGGGCAAGCCGGAGAAGGCCCGCGCCAUGCUCCGCCGCAUCCGCGGCACCGACGACGUCGACCUCGAGUUCGACGACCUCAUCGCGGCCAGCGACGCCACCGACGCCGUCGCCGCCAACCCCUGGAGCACCCUCCUGCAGCGCCGGUACCGGCCGCAGCUGGCCAUGGCCCUCCUCAUCCCGACGCUGCAGCAGCUCACGGGCAUCAACGUCGUCAUGUUCUACGCCCCCGUCCUCUUCAAGACCAUCGGCUUCGGCAGCACCGCCUCGCUCAUGUCCGCCGUCAUCACCGGCCUCGUCAACAUGUUCGCCACCUUCGUCUCCAUCGCCACCGUCGACCGCCUCGGCCGCCGCAAGCUCCUCCUCCAGGGCGGCACCCAGAUGAUCCUCGCCCAGUUCGUGCUGGGGACGCUGAUCGCGGUCAAGUUCGGGACGAGCGGGGUGGCGGAGAUCUCGCGGCUGUACGCCAUCGGGGUGGUGUUCUGCAUCUGCGUGUUCGUGUCGGCGUUCGCGUGGUCGUGGGGCCCGCUGGGGUGGCUGGUGCCGAGCGAGAUCUUCCCGCUGGAGAUCCGGUCGGCGGCGCAGAGCGCGGUGGUGGUGUUCAACAUGACCUUCACCUUCGUCAUCGCGCAGGUCUUCCUCAUGCUGCUCUGCCGCCUCAAGUUCGGCCUCUUCUACUUCUUCGGCGCGUGGGAGGUGCUCAUGACGCUCUUCGUCUACUUCUUCCUGCCGGAGACCAAGGGGAUCCCCAUCGAGGAGAUGGACGCCAUCUGGGGCCAGCACUGGUACUGGAAGCGAUUCGUCGUCCAUGGCGGCGGCGGCAAGAACAACAAGGUCGAGAUGACCUCCACGGCCGUAUGACAGUAGCAGCCGUGCUAGCUAGCUAGUCGAUCGAUCAUCAUCAGUUCGUGCAAUGUUUUUUAUCUCGAGGCUAGGGAAAUUAUUGUCAAUCAAUGAUGUACUGACACUUGAUAUUGUUCUUUCUAUUGCUGAACGCUGAUUGAUGAGCGAGCAUCUUGAGUGUCAUUAUAUACCUGUUACUGCAGUACCUGUACUGGUAACUAAAAUUAGGACUUAAUUAUAUGAAGAGUAUUUGCCACA